AUGAGAUUUGAUGAUUUGAGAUUGUCGCUGGCUAUCGUCGUGGCUGCAACAGCACACCGAGAUAUGGCCACUACCGACUGCGUAGAGCUAUUCAAGUUGUCUAUUGAAGCUGUUUCCAGUGGUACUUAUCCUUAUCAAUUGGCUGCACAACUCGACGAUCCAAGAGCCAGGCUAGAUUUAUUGAGAUUUAUCGACAACGGGAAGUAUGAGAGUGUAGAAAUACACACCACACACAACCCGCACAGCUCACAAUAUGGAUUUGACGCGACACGGGCACUUAUGAGACAGCUACAAUUACUCAGCCACAAUACAUUUAACCUUGAGUCACAAACUACACUCACCAAAUCCAUUUAUCAUUCCCUUCAAAAUGUUUUCAUGUCUUGUCUCUAUGAUAAGAUUCAACCGCGUAUCAUUAUCAUGCUGAUCGAUAUGGUUGGCAACAUACGCCAGCAGACUUUGCACCAACUCAAUUCACUCAACAAUAAAGGUCAGCUAAUUGGGUUUGAGAGUCUCUUUGCAUCCACAGUCGUUAGAUCUUUGAUAUGGUUGUUGAUACAUCCUCAAUCUCCUGCCUGUAUUCAAAUUAAAAUCGUCAAGAUGGUUCUCGACCUCCUCAACACUCAAGAUAAUAGUGUCGCGAUGUCCAUUUUUAAAGAGAUUAUUACUCCGAUUUACAAUUUCGCGUCAGAACAACGCACAGGAAAUUGUCAAUGCAUUUCAUCGCUCUUCGCCCUUUUAUCAAUAUCUGCACUCAACGUCGAGCCAACUCGUUCAUCGCAAAUUAGCAUUCUCGUGCUUCUUGCCCCGCUAUCUGGAUCAAAGUCGACAAUAACUCAGGACGUUUUCAGCGAAGCAAUCAAAAAUACUUUGGAUAGCAUCUUUGAGCGCACAUGGCAACUUUUUAUUAAAGGAUAG